AUGCGCGGGCGGGGUGCGCUCCCCAAGGCGAGGUCCAUCCUUAUCAUAGACAACUUGCACGCGCAGACCACGGACGAGUUCAAGGAGUAUCUUACGAAGCACUGCAACACUCUCGCCUGGUAUGGCCCUUCGGAGUGCACGGACGAGGUGCAGCCAGUUGAUGCAGGAGCCGGACGAUUUCUCAAGGUGGAAGUCGGGAGGCACAUGGAAAUAUGGCUAGAGCAGUCGGGCGACCUCGAGAGGUGAGAAACCGCGUCGCUGACAGCUUCUGAUCGGCGCGCCCUGAUCACUCAGUGGAUGGGAGCGGCCAUGGCAAGACUCGACAGCCAAC